AUGGAGAAAGCCACAACUCACCUCGCCGUUGGCCUCGGACUCUCCCUCCUCUUUCUCAUUCUUGCUCUGGGGCUGCCGCAUUGGAGUUGUGGCAGCAUUCUGCACUCCUGCCUGAAUUUGCCAGCACAGAAGGCGCCCUAUCAGAUCGUGGGUGCUCUCCUUGUAUGCGCCACCUUGGUGAACUUCGUAGCCUUCGCAUUUUCCAUUGCUGGAUGCGCCAACUCAAGGUCUUGGGCCACGCCUGUCGCCCUGGCGCUGACUUGGCUUGGAGGCAUCCUCGCGCUGGCUGCAAUCGCCUAUUACUUUGCCAAGUUGGAUUCCACCUACUGCCCACUGUUGGCUGUCAUUGGAAUGACCUUCACACUGACUAUGGCAAUCAGUACAAGUAUUACUCCGAUACACGAAGUACGAGGCUCAAGGAAAAAUGCCGUUGGGGAAUAG